AUGUCGCGUGAAAAACGUAGCGACGGAAAUCAUCGCAGCAGAAAUCGUCUCCUUCUCGAACUUGUAGGCCUGUACGAAGCCCGUGGGGGGCUCUUGUCUGGGAAAGAGACUCCAAAGGCCUUUGGCAAGGCAAUCAAGGAUGGCCUGAAACAAGAGAGCAAAAGCGUUUUAGUGAAUUUGAUCAGAGGAAAACUGCUAACAGAGGCAGAUGACGAUGAUGAAAUAGAUGAACCGAAUUUCACCAUUGAGGACGCUCUCACAGAGGUAGUCGACGAUUUGGUCCACAACAGCGGCGCGACCUACGCGUCUGUUGAGGAUCUUGUCACUCAGGAGCUCGGAGCGGUGUAUGACAAGUCGGAAUUUGAUAUGCAAGAGGAAAGUAACAAGGACAUGGAAGAAGAGAAAACUUCAAAGCCAGUGGAUGAAAUCACGGAGAUCAAGUAUGAGGUGGUAAAUGCCUGUGUUGAUAUGUGGAACUCGAUCUCGGAACAGAAGAUCAUGAACGGGGUAGCGCAGACGAGGUAUUUCCUUUUACAGAUGAUUUCAGCUAAUGACAGUGAGCUUGAUGGAGUUGUUAGGGCAUAUGAAUGGCCAGAGAUUCGAGACUGGCAAUCCAAAGCCCAUUUUUAG